UUUACACUUUUGAUAAUUUCUUUGUAAACUCUUGAUUUCGUCUCAUCUUCUCGUCUUAAUUGUGCCAAUUUCUUUUAUUCAUUUCUAAUUAAACACUAAUUGAAUUUCUUUAUUCUACAUUGGUUAGUUUCUCUAAUUAAAAGUUUGAUUUGUUGUCUUGUGAUUAACUACUGGAUUAACAAUCAAAAUGUCGGUGGAUUUUGAAAGAAAUCGGUAUCCAUAUUGUAUUGUUUGGACGCCAAUACCAAUAAUAACAUGGUUUUUCCCUUUCAUUGGCCACAUGGGGAUCGCCACAAGUCAAGGAAUAAUUAAAGAUUUCUCGAUGUCUUAUACAAUUUCGACGGACAAAUUGGGCUUUGGUGAUCCAACCAGAUAUCUACAAUUAGAUCCUCACCAAGUGAAUGGUAAUAAAGAGGCCUGGGACGAAGCGACAGAUUAUGCUUGUGAAAUUUACUCUUCAAGAGUGCACAAUUUAUUCCUAGAUAAUUGUCAUUCUCAUGUGGCCCUUGCUUUAUCCACCAUGAAGUAUAAAGGAAAAGAUAAUUGGAACAUGGUGAUUCUUGCUGGUUGGAUUUUUCUCUUCGGAAAAUAUGUCGGAAUUUCUGGUUUUCUGAAAACAUGGAUUCCAUUUUUAACAUUUAUCUUUAUCAUUCUCGCCUUCAUCUAUUUGGUCCCAUAAAAUUUAAAAUCAAUCAAAUCAGAACAAUUAACUUGGUAUUGGUUAUUCACCCUUAUUCACACAAAGAUCCAAGCAACAAGGAAGAUAAUCAAUCAAUCAUAUUUACUCGUGAAAAUCGUAAUUCCAUCCAAUGAUUCAUCUUUAAACGCUUUUAAUUUCACAAAACAAUCAAAUCAGAAUACAAAUUGUGUAUAUACAGAAUUUACCUGACAAUCUAAGAGAAAGAAAGAAAGAAAGAGAGAGAGAGAGAGAGACUCGAAAAGUGAUUUCGAUCUGAUUACAAUGAAUCAUCAAAUUUUUCCAUUAAAUUAACUGAUGAACACAAAGAGACUGAAAUUAUCCAUGAAAAAGGAGCAACAAUCAAUUCACCCGUUUACCUAAUUCAAGGUUAUUAUUACCGAGAAGAAGAAGAAAAAAAGUGUAAUCAAUUGAGUUAAUUGUUAGAGUAAAGGUGUAAACCUUGAUUUCACUUUUGGAUUCGAGAUGAUUUGAAGUUUUCACUCAAAUGAAUGUGACAUCAAAGAUCCUCUGACAAUCAUCAUAGUAUCUAUUUGCUAUCAAGUAUGUCAACAAUUUAGCAACAAACUUAACACAGUCAACAAUUAACAAGAACAUCCAACUCUCUUUCCAACUUAAUUAACCCAACAAUCAAUCGUAACUUAUUAAAAAUGUAUCCAUUGA